AUGCCACCAGCUGCAGCCCGAGUGGUACUAACAGUGUUGAAGACCACCGAUGGCUUAGAAUUCAAAGACUCGAGCUUCUCGGCCCAUUUUGAUCUGUCGCUUUCCUGCAAAGCUUCGAGCUUUGGAGACUGUGCGCUUGUGAUUCUUCUUGACACUGUCUUGACGGAGGAGAACGGGUCCGAGGCUAGUAGUGUUGCGAAUAUUUCCGAGCCCACUGCUCCAUUGGAGCCAAAGACAGCUGCUGUCGACAUUUUCAAAGUGUUGUAG